GGAAUUGGAAGUACCACUGGGCCACAUCGAGCAGAAAGAGAGGACAACAGAAGCAAUCAGCACGAGACAAGCUCGGGCGAAGUGAUAUAAGUUUAGACACCGCUCCGACCCUAACCACAGUUGUGUGACCGCACUUGGCGGGUGAGCACGAACCGGGCACAGCAAACAGACAAUAGACACAAAUACCGUCGAAAAGCUGCAGGCCUUAAAUAGUUACUGUAAUUUACAAGGUGACAAAGGCAGUGCUCAGUGAGUCCGACAGCCCGAUAAGGCGGCAAGUGUCUCUCAAAAGUGAAUCGAAUCUGAACUAUGUGGAGGUGUAACCCCACUACUACAGCAAUGGGCUUUGCUCUGAUCUUGGCCUAUGCGUCGUCUGGCCUGGCUCAAGACUUUGGAUAUGGAGGGAAACAUGGACCAGAGCACUGGAGCGAGGACUACAACCGCUGCAGUGGCAAACAGCAGAGUCCCAUAAACAUUGAUUUGGUCAACGUAGAGGAAAAGGAGUAUCCCCCGCUGGAGUUUUUCAACUCCAUGGUUUCGCCGAAAGCCAUCCACAUGAUGAACAACGGCCACACGGUGCUGGUGAGAAUGAGCUUUGAGGAUGGCAAGGAGCCGCGUGUCCGAGGCGGGCCUCUAGCCGAACAGGCACCCUAUACCGGCUAUCAGUUCGAGCAGUUUCACUUCCACUGGGGCGAGAACGAUACAGUGGGCAGUGAGGAUCUGAUAGAUAACCACGCCUAUCCCGCCGAACUACAUGUGGUGCUACGUAAUCUGGAGUACCCAGACUUUGAAAGUGCCCUCGGCAAGGAUCAUGGACUUGCCGUGAUGGCAUUCUUCUUUCAGGUCAGAAGAGAGGGCACUGAGAGUUACGAGAAGUUUACAGAGCAGCUCGCCAAAAUAGGCAGAAAAGGCAUGUCGGUUAAUAUCACCAACCCUAUGCCCCUGCACAGUUACCUUUCAUUGGACCUGCUGAACUACUAUACCUACGUGGGCUCGCUGACAACUCCGCCGUGCAGCGAAGAUGUCAUCUGGAUUGACUUCAUGGAGCCGAUCGAUAUAACUGAGAAGCAGCUCAACGCCUUCCGCCAGCUCACGGCCAACGAUGAGCACUUGAACAACAAUUUCCGACCCAUCCAACCGCUCAACGAUCGCAAGGUGUACAGGAGUGUGCUUGAGCCGAUGAAAAUAUUCAACCAGAGCGCUAUUCCCUUUGUUGACGCGGCCAACACUGGCGAAAGGAGGUGGUCCUAUUCCCCUGCAGUCCUACUAAGCUCAUGUGGCCUUGCGGCGCUGCUUAAGGCCUCGGCUUUCAGCGGCUUUUAAUUGGAGCGCUGCGGCGGGAAAACGCGAGGUUUUUGUUAAAUGUAUUGUACGUGUCUAGGCUCUAAUUAAGCGCUGUAGUUUACAUGUCCCGCUCGCUGCUCUGUUUGCUCUUCAAACAUGGCAAUCACUAAUUUCCUCGAGCCGCUGGCUGCCGUCAGGUCAAGCCAUCGUAUUACCCAUCGUAUUUAUCAGUGGACGAACUGCUAGACAAACGGACAAACCAUUCAACCAAAAUGAACAGAAGCUUCGGCUCGCACGAUAUCUAUUCUUGAUUUAUUCAGCACUCGUCAUAGUUGACGGGGGACUGUAACUUGGAGCGCUGUCCGUCGAUUAUUAUGCUAUUAUUAAUAUGGUAUUGCACAUGUGAUUUUAAACGCUUUAUUUUUGUGUACCCUUAAGCUUUUAACUUUGUAAACGUUAAUCAAUAAUUAAAUGUAUUUUUUAUUUA